GACGACUUGUAUGUAGACACGUGUAAGCUUGCAUUGUUUUGUUCCAGUGCUUUACAUCUCCUCCUUAGCUUCCUGCUCAGCUCUGUGAUCCACAUCAUUCUUUAAAAAGCACAAACACAUCUCUGCACCAUCUUUGGAGCAUCACUCCUCAUGGCAGUUUCUAGGAUCACUCGGUGGAGGUUGAUGUCUGUGAUCUUUGGAAUAAAAUGUCUUUUUUUGAUGGUUACUUUGGGAGUUUUGAUGAAAAAGUCAUUUACUAUACAGAGCAUUCAAUCAACACCUUCUCCAACCCCCAUUUUAGAACUACAAGAAGUUUCUGAGUGCUGUGCUUGCCUAGAAAAGUGGAUUGGAUAUCAGUGCAACUGUUACUUCAUUUCCAAAGAAGCAAAUUCUUGGGAAGGAAGCAGAGAUUUCUGUGCCUCUCAGAAUUCCAGUCUUCUUCAGCUCAGAAACAGAAAUGAAUUGAGUUUUAUGAACUUCAGUCAAGUCUUUUUCUGGAUUGGAAUGCGUUACAGUGAGGAAUGGAAUGCCUGGCGGUGGGAGGAUGGCUCAGUUCCCUCAGAAGAGCUAUUUCCAGAGCCCUUAAACACCAAGGCAAGGGGCUGUGCUGUUCAUAGUCCAGGCAAAUUGGUUUCGACCGAAUCCUGUAAAAGUAAAAUCCGUUAUAUCUGUAAGCAAAGGCCUAUUUCAAUGUUUCUUAAAGCAGAAGGAAUAAACAAGAAAGGUCCAGUAUAGCUACACCCAUCUGACAACAUCACCAGCUUUCCAUCUUGAAUCUGUAGAAUGUUUCUGUUGGCUCUCAUACAGUUUUCAUACAUUUGAACGCAAGCAUUUUAUGCUUGAUGAGUUUUUCACAUCU